CAAGGCCGCCGGUAGAUGGUGCCACCGACCACAACACUUAAAGUGGCACUGAGUUGCUGUGCCAGCUGCUGUGUCCUGUCCAGCUGCUGUGACCUCUCUAGCUGGCUGUGACCUCCUCAGCUGGCUGUGACCUCCCCAGCUACUGCGACGUUCCCAGCUGGCCGUGACCUCCCCAGCUGGCCGUGACCUCUCCAGCUGGUUGUGACCUCUACACCUCUCUCAUAUUACGGCCUACUAGCCCGGAUAAUAUCAGUUCAGUGUGAUUUUUUAAAGAGGAUUAAGGUCAAAGUUCGACCAUGUCAAGACUGUACAGAGCUGUGAUCAGGACGGCUGACAAGUUUGUCCCAGAGAAAUUUCAGCCUUUUUGGAACCACCCAGCAGGUCCCAAAACUGUGUUCUUUUGGGGUCCUUGCGUCAAAUGGUGUUUGGUGAUUGCUGGGCUUGGAGAUGCAGCACGACCUGCUGAUAAGCUCUCUCUCUCCCAGUCGACAGCCUUGGGUGCUACUGGUCUCAUUUGGUCAAGAUAUUCAUUGGUUAUAAUUCCUAGAAACUGGAACCUCUUCAGUGUGAAUGUGUUCGUGGCCACUACAGGAAUCUACCAGGUGGCUCGCAUAUUCAACUAUGAGCGGAUGAAGAAACUGAAAGAAGCCUGAGCAUUACAAAUUGGUAUAACGAGUAGUAUUCUGUUAACACUGACGUGCGUUUUAAAGUGCUAGUGCUAGCAGGUAAAUAUACAGUUACUGUACCAGUACUGAAUAGAAAACACCACUAAUGGCAACACACAUUGAUUUGUACUGUCUGUAUUAUAUGAGAGAAAUGUAUAUUAUUUUUAUGCCAUAUUUAGAAAUGUAAAUAAAGGUUUAAUGUUUGAAA